AUGGCAACCCCCGAGUCGUUGAUUCUUCGGUAUUCCGGCUCGGAAUUCACAGACGAACAGUCUUUCCACAAUCACUUGGUAGAGAAGAUCUCCGAGGCAAGAGCAACAAGAGCAACAAGAGAUGUCAUCUACGCCGAACUUGUUUACGACAACAUCGCUCCUUCCUGGAUGGCAAAUGUGGGAGACGCACUUGAGCGGGCAAGAGCUGGCUUCUGGCUGCCACCGAGUCAAGCUCGUCAGCGGUUGGACAACACAUUCUACACAGUAGCUGACGUGAUUGCUAAACGGCCCCCUUCCUCCUAUGUGGCAUCAAUCGUAUCCUUGGCCAAGCAAUGCGGUGGUCCUAUUCACUGUCACGCAAAUACACUGAUCAACGCGCAGUUAGCUGCUCAGCAACAGAAUAAUGCUGGCCAAACAACCAACCCCACAGGAAAUACCAAUGAUGAGCUGAUCAACGACCUGCUAAUAAUCAGCGUCGCCAUCCAAAACACAGACACAGACGGCAGCACCCAGAUGACUAUGCUUCGAGUGGCAGUUCCAGUGACGGAGACUACCACCCGCAACGUCGUCAAGCCACAGGUAGUGGAAGAGACUCUCGCGAUACAGAGUAUCAAGACAAACCAGCAGGAGGUACUUGGCGCCCGGCUGAUAUUGGCUUCUUCUACCCUGAUAUGCCAUUUUCGUGGCGGGCAGCUCACUCGGAAUGAGACCCGUAUGCUACAUGCCACAUCAAAUUCCGGUAAAGCGAUGCACCUCCGCUCGUUCCAUCUCAUGCAGUUCUAA